ACACAGAGAUAUAAAUAUCCGGGAUAAAUAUAUCAACAUGAUGAAAUAGUUUAGCCUUAUUAUGAACUGCAUAAUGUGGUAUCUAAUUCCAAUUGGGUUUUGACAACAUUUAAAGUGAAAUGGCGGAUAUUGAGACGAUAGACACUGUCCAAAGCACGGAAAAUGACGUUCAUCAGAGGCCUAAGACAUCCAAAUCAAUAAUUCUUGAAGAGAGAGAUGAAGAGGAGAAAGUCAGUAAAAAGCCAGGAAACACAGCCUUCAAGCAGCAGAGGUUACCAGCAUGGCAACCUAUCUUGACAGCAGGAACGGUCCUUCCAAUGUUCUUUCUAGUCGGUAUUGUCUUUGUGCCUCUUGGAGUUGGUUUCCUGGUUACUUCUAACAAUGUUCAGGAGGUGAUCCUGGACUAUACGAGAGCAUGUACAUACCUGAAUGAAACCAAUGGAACAAACACAUGUAUUGACUUCUACACCUACCCAGAGAAUGAAAAUAGUUCUUGCACCUGCACCAUGAAGUUUGAGCUGAAUACUAAAAUAGAGGGUCCCAUCUACAUGUACUAUCGAUUGACCAACUACUACCAGAACCAUCGUCGUUAUGUAAAUUCUCGUGAUGACAUCCAGCUCUUGGGUAAAAACCCCCUCAGUGCGAGCAGUGAUUGUAGCCCGUAUGACCAGGAGCUGCGAAUAUACUCCAAUACAUCACAGGAGAGGAUCACGUAUGCUCCUUGUGGAGCAAUAGCAAACAGUCUCUUUAAUGAUACCUUCAACAUAACCUUUGAUGAUGAUGGUGAGCUUCCUAGUGGUAAGGAGGUCAUGCUUGAUAGAACCAAUAUUGCUUGGUCCAGUGACCGUAGGACCAAGUUUAGGAAUCCUCCAGGAGAUCUUGAAGAAGCAUUCAACGGAACAACUAAACCACCUAACUGGCAAAAGUACAUAUGGGAAAUGCAAGAUGGCUACAAGAAUGAGGACUUUAUAGUCUGGAUGCGUACUGCUGCAUUUCCGACCUUCCGCAAGCUUUACGGUCGUGUUGUAGACCAGCCAAACACAAGGCUAGAUAAUGGUUUGCCUGUUGGCAACUACACCCUUACAGUCCAAUAUAACUACUUGGUUCACAUGUUUGAUGGUACAAAAAGCAUCGUUCUGACCACAACCUCUUGGUUGGGGGGCAAGAACAACUUCUUAGGAAUAGCAUACAUCGUUACCGGGUCUAUCUGCAUCGUCUUUGGCGCUAUAUUUCUCAUCGUUCAUAUCAAGCACGGCAAAAAAAAUUCCCUUGAUUUGGCAUUGGCCCUUGGUGACCCAGAAAGCAAGCUUUCCCAUGAGUGCCCACAGAACAACCUGGAAAGUACCACAGAAGUGAUUGGGUGAUGACCAUGACUUCUUCUCUUCGCUCUUUUUUUUCAUUCUUCACUCGAUCAUUCCAUCUUGGGCAUCAAAGGAAGGGUACACCACUUUUUCCUGCAUCCUUAUAAAACACCGGUGAUUCUAUCACAAGACAGGUAUUGGUGGUACAGUGUUUUACACAACACCAUUAAUUGUAGUCCCACUACCCCCACCUUCCUACCAAUGCAGGAAAAGGAACUUACAUUUAUAUCCUCUAGGGUGUACAGUGUAAACUGUGAUAUAUUCUAAUCCUAUAUUCCCAGACUGCUACUUACGCAGAAGACACCAAAGGUUUUAUCAUGCAAGGUGUAUCUUGUAACUGUUACAACACCAUCACUGUCCUAUCUCGCUCUGUUACUCAUGCACAAGAAGUUAAGGUUAAACCAUGUAAAGUAUAUGGAGUGAAUCACAUGAAAUGCUUAACUCUCGAUUCUAGCACCAUUACCCACUUACAUGACACCAAAGGUUACUUCUCAGAAAUAUCAGUCUUCAGGCUUUUAUACGAUUUUAGAUUGACAACUUUCCAUUUCAGGCCCUUUUAAGCAUGGUAUUGGUAGGUGCCGGAACAUGAUUUGACUUCUUUUCUGGCCCAUGGUGUAAAACUAACUGGCAUCCCUGAAUUAUUAAAAAAAAAAGUGUUUUGUGUAAAUGUUUUGUGCAUAUAAACCAGGGAGGUGUCUCAUAAAUCUGUUCGUAAGUCAAGAACGACUGGUGAACCUUUCUUACAUGCUAAACCAUUGCCAAUUAACAUUUUGGUGUAUACCAUUUACCACAAGAAAGGAUCACCAGUCAUUCUUAAAUUGCUCUUAACUUACAAACAGCUUUAUAAAACACCCACCCGACAUGAAGAAGGGUCUCAGGUAAUUCAUAGAAUAAGGGUCUGCUUUUGAGAACAAAUAUGACAUAGGGAAUAUGUAUUGUGGCCUGAAUUUCACUUUUCUUCAAAUCCAACUUGCAUGUAUUUGGUAAUAUUGGUCCGAAGUAAACUAGAGUUGAAGAUGCGAUCUGCUAUUCCUGUUUGCGCUUCUUUCUUUCUCCAUUGUCUCAAUAUCUUCUGUCCGAAUAUUACUUGCCCUAACUUGAAGAAAAGAGAGAUGGAAUCCCAUUUUCCAUUCAGGUUCUGUUAUGUGGCUUUAUAUGAAUAUCCAAUAAAACAGGUGUAAAUUUUAUUGUACAAGCCAGAUACUGUAGCUAAAGCAUCAAUGUUGUCAUCUCUUUCAAUAGUUAGCAUUUAUUCAGAUCCAUGAAGUAUUGGAGCAAUAUCUCCAUUAUGUGAUACUUUUUCCCCAUCUUGGUAGCGAGGAAUGCAUAAUAAGCAUAGAAUUACAUAAAUGUUACUGCUUUGUAAGGUUACUAAGGUACAUUUUCUUUAUUCUUUUUCUUCCCCCUUAUUUUUUCUGGAUCCCAUUUCAUAAAACCUAUCAAUUGCAAGUCAUGAGCUGUUUUAAGUGAUUGAAAGCAUGCCGUGUGAUUGGCUGAGAAUGAAUUUAUCAUGGUAUUUCAGCAUUUGUGAUUGAACAAUAUGUGUUAUAAAAUAGGGUCCAAAACUUUACACUGUUAUGAAUCGAGGAUGUGCAAUGUACACUGUGUAAAUAAUUCAUUUUGUGUCUAUUUCUAUAACAAACACAGGAUGUUGUUCAGGAACAUACAUGUUGAUUUGUGAAAUGAUUUUACAUAAUAAUUUUACUUUUAAAGAUGCUAUGUUGUUUGUUAUCAAAAGAUGUUUGUUAUCUUGAUGAUGCUAUUUGAUUUUAUAUGUGGUGAUGUAGAAUAUAAUUAGAUAUAUAUUUAGAAGAAAUACAUUUAUUAUAUUGUCAUUAUUAGAUAUUAUUAUGAUUACUUUUGUAUUGCAACAUUGCUCUUGAUUUCAUUCAGGAGUGUGAUGAUUAUUUAUUAGAUAAACUGAUCACUGGUGUGUAUAUUCUAUUGUAAGUGCACUGAUUAUAGUUUAACAAUGUAUUCACACUAAUAACAUGUCUGCAUGAUUUAUCAAUAGUUGUAACUUAAUUUAGUCCCGUAGAGCCGAUACUGGCAACACUUUGGUGGACACUUCAUAAAAGUUAUUUGAUUUUAACAAAGGGGUUGAAUUGUAUCAUAUCACGUUAGCUUUGAAUCCAGGCCCUUUUUAGUUUUCCAUGCCUUUUUUAGUUUUCCAUGCAGAUGAGACAAUAUGUAGGGUAAUUAGUAGUUGUUUCUGUAAUGAACUUAGGAAGGUAAGAAGAUAUAUAAAAGCCACUAUGCCAGAGAUACAUUAAACAGCAGCAGCUCAAGACCUAUCACUGCAUUCCUGGAUCCAUGGGCAAAAAGCCCAGGGGGGACGUGUCCCCCCUACCAAAAAUGGUAGGGGGGACACUAUCAAAUGUCCCCCUACUAUUUUUGUUUUUUUACGAUGGAGAAAAAUACAUCACUUCACAAUCAAAAUAAUACAUGUAUUUUGGACUAAAUGACCUUACAUUUUGGGUGAAAAUUUUAUUUUUUUGCUUGUCAGAUUUUCCAGGCCCUGGUCCCCCUACCGUUGGGGACAGAUUUCCACCCAUUCCUGGAUCAUUACCCGCGAUGCAAGAAAUUGUUUUGAUAUACAAUUAUACAGCCUUACAUAUGUUCAGUAAUUUACUCUUUAUAACACCCACAAUAUCUGCCCAGAUAUUGUUUACCACCUCCCUCCGCCUAUGGUUUAUCAAAGCCUGUGUAGUACCUUGUUUCAUAUAGUCAUGGUUGUUUUAUUUGGAAUUCAAGUUCAACUACCAUAAUACAUUUCAUAAUGGUUAAGAGCUAUUUUGUAUAGUGGAUGUUUCAUUACUUUUCUUUGAAUAAUCUUUGUAUGUUGCAGGGUUUAGUUGUCUUCGGUUUUUUUUUAGUCACAUUUUUUAUCAUGCAACGUCAUGGGAAAAUCUAUUUGAUUGUCCCCAAAUCUGAAUUUUAUAAAUAUUUUUCUUUUAAAAUCACUUUUCAUCCAAUUUAUGUCAUGUACAAUGCGAAUACAUAGAUGCCAUUUUCCUUAUCAAUUAUAAGUAUUUUCAAACCUGUUUUUAUGAGAUAAAUCAAGCACAAUGAAAACUCAAUUCAUAUUUAAGUCAAUCAAUGGUAUGUAAAUUAACCAAAGUUUUAUUAAUAGUCAUGUGAAUUAAGAAUUUCAAUAAAUUUCUUCUUUUAACUAAA